GUUGGGUACUAGGGAACAAAAAAUGUUGAAGGCAUCUUCCUCAACUCAUCUCCAAAUAAAGAGGAUAAUGUUAAAGUCAAUUUUGAAGCCUUUUCAAAGAUGAGGAACCUAAGGUUGCUUAAAAUUGGUAAUGUGCACCUUCCUAAAGGCCUCAAUUUUCUUUCAAGUGAGUUACGUCUUAUGAAUUGGCUUGGAUAUCCUUUAAAAUUCAUGCCAAGAAAUUUCCAUCCCAACAAACUUGUUGAACUCAUAAUGCCUCAUAGCCACAUCAAACAACUAUGGGAGGGAGUUUGGAGUUUAGAGUGGCUAAGAAUCAUUGACCUUAGAGAUUCUAGAGAGUUGAUCAUGACUCUGGAUUUUGCUAGAGUCCCAAAUCUUGAGAAGCUGAUUCUCAAAGGAUGCACAAAAUUGUCUAUGAUUCACGCAUCCCUUGGAGAUCUCAAACAUCUUAUUUUGUUGGAUUUGAAUAAUUGCAAAUGUCUUAAAAGCCUUCCGUGCAAGAUUAGUUUGGAAUCUCUUGAAAUUUUUAUUCUUUCAAGUUGUUCAAAGCUGAAGAAGUUUCCAGAAAUUGUGGGAGAUAUGUCCUGUUUGUUAAAACUUUAUUUGGAUGGGACUGCUAUUGAAGAUCUACCAGCAACAAUGGAGCAAUUAACUGGGCUUAUCAAAUUGGAUCUAACAAAUUGUAAAAACCUUUCAAGUCUUCCGAGAGUUAUUUAUAGUUUGACAUCUCUAAAUACUCUCACUCUAUCUGGUUGCUCAAAACUUUACAAAAUGCAAGAGAAUUUGGGAAAUCUUAAAGGCCUAAAGGAACUAGACAUGAGUUGUACUGGUAUAAGAGAUCUACCAUUAUCAAUGGAGCAGUUAACCGGGCUUAUCAAAUUGGAUCUAACAAACUGCAAAAAUCUUUCAAGUUUUCCUGGAGUCAUUUGCAGUUUGACAUCUCUAAAAACUCUCACUCUAUAUGGUUGCUUAAAUCUUGACAAUAUGCCAAUGAAUUUGGGGAAUCUAGAAGGCUUAGAGGAACUAGAUGUGAGUGGAAUUGCUAUAAGAGAGCCACCUUCCUCCAUCUUUUGCUUAAAAAAUCUCAAAGUACUAUCUUUCCAAGGAUGUAAUGGGCUGUCAUCUGAAUCAUGGUCAUGGAAGAAGCCACUUAAUUUUCUGUUAAUGACAAAAACUCCAGAUCUCAUGGGCUUGGUAUUGCCUUCUGUAUCAGGUUUGGUUUCAUUAACUACAUUGAAUAUAAGGAACUGCAAUCUUCAAGCAAUCCCUAGUGAUAUUGGUUGUUUGUCCUCAUUACAAAAAUUAGAUCUAAGUGGAAAUGAUUUUGUUUUCAUUCCAGAAAGCAUUAAUCAACUAUCUAAUUUGAGAGAAUUUUGGGUGGAGAAUUGCAAGAGCCUUCAAUUGUUGCCGGCACCUGGAUCAAGUGCUCACAUAGAUGUUCAGGCAAAUGGAUGUACCUCACUGGAAUCUUUACUACCAUUUAAAAUAAAAGAUAAUUCACAAAAUUAUUUCUAUCUUCUCAAUUGUUUCCAAUUGGUUGACAAUCAAGGCCGCUGUGACUUGUUCACUACAAUGCUAAGAGAAUAUUUUCAGGAAUCGUGCUAUCGAGAAUCAACUAAAAAAGUAAGAUUUGAUGUUGUUAUUCCUGGAAGUGAAGUUCCGAACUGGUUUAGGCAUCAAAGUGUGGGGGCUUCAGUAAAUCUGGAAGUACUUUCAUAUUUAUUUAAACAACUUAGAGGAAUUGCUCUCUGCGCUGUUUUUGGACCGCACCAGCAUCGUCCACCUAACCAUCUUAGUUAUAACCUUCACCUUACGUGUUACUUUAAAGCCAAUGGAAAUUACUUCAGUAGUUAUCCAUUUGUAAGUGUUUCGAAAGAGUUUGAUACGGUUGAAUCGGAUCAUUGUUGGUUCGUGUAUUUGCUCCCUAAUUAUUUACAAGGCUUCUUCCAAAAAGAAUUUCUUCAAAUUGCUAAUGGAUCCAGCUGUCUACUUGAGAUUGAAUUCAAAUCCGAGGAUCCAAGCAUGAUGGAGAUAAAGAAAUGCGGGGCCCAUGUGGUGUGCGAGGAAGAAAUGGAAGAUCUGAAACAAAGCAUGGGUCAGAGUGAGUGCAGCAGCAGCAUUAUUCCUUAUAAUGAGGGUGUUGAUCAUUUUGAAGAGGAUAUCAAAACUAAGCCAAGUCGUGAUGAUGAGAAUGGAGCUAGUGGAAAAGGUAGCUCUACUCACAUACCACACCCUAAGACUAAGAGAGUAUGACCGUUUGGGAAUUCAAGCACACAAGAUAACUCUGAGAUGGUGAGUGAGGACUCUCAGUGAGAAACCAAAUGGUGGCUCUGAGGAACCAAACCCUUUUUAUUUGAACUUUUUGUAAGUCACCAACUCCCUCUCCCUCCCACAGAUCCUU